AUGGGCCCCAAGUGCCGGGCACUGACCACAGCCGGCACCGGAGGGUCAGGCAGGCCUUGGAGGAGGUGAGAUCUGAAGGGCUGAGCCCAGGUCUGGAGGCGGGCAGAGCACCCUGGCCUGAGAGAUGCCUGGCAAACAGUCUGAGGACGGGCCGGUGGAGGUGGGGACGUCAGAGGAUGGCGAGGAGGAGGGCCUGGGGGGCCUGACCGUGCAGGAACUCCGGCAGAGCCAGGAGGCUGCUCUGGCUCUGGAGGACAUGAUGACGCUGAGUGCUCAGACCCUGGUCCGGGCGGAGGUGGAUGAGCUCUACGAGGAGGUGCGUCCCCUGGGCCAGGGUCGCUACGGCCGAGUCCUUCUGGUCACCCAUCGUCAGAAAGGCACGCCCCUGGCACUGAAGCAGCUCCCCAAACCCCGCACGUCCCUCCGCGGCUUCCUGUAUGAGUUCUGCGUGGGUCUCUCGCUGGGUGUGCACUCGGCCAUCGUGACAGCCUACGGCAUUGGCAUCGAGUCGGCACACUCCUACAGCUUCCUGACGGAGCCCGUCCUGCACGGGGACCUCAUGGCCUUCAUCCAGCCCAAGGUGGGCCUCCCGCACCCCGCAGUGCAGCGCUGCGCCGCCCAGCUGGCCUCUGCCCUGGAGUACAUCCACGCGCGCGGCCUGGUGUACCGGGACCUGAAGCCCGAGAACGUGCUGGUGUGCGACCCCGACUGCCGGCGCUUCAAGCUGACCGACUUCGGCCACACCAGGCCUCGCGGGACGCUGCUGCGCCUGACCGGGCCGCCCAUCCCCUACACGGCCCCCGAGCUCUGCGCGCCGCCGCCGCUGCCCGAGGGCCUGCCCAUUCAGCCCGCCCUGGACGCCUGGGCGCUGGGGGUCCUGGUCUUCUGCCUCCUCACGGGCUACUUCCCCUGGGACCAGCCCCUGGCUGAGGCCGACCCCUUCUACGAGGACUUCCUCAUCUGGCAGGCCUCGGGCCAGCCGCAGGACCGUCCUCAGCCCUGGUUCGGCCUGGCCCCCGCGGCCGACGCGCUUCUGUGGGGGCUGCUGGACCCUCACCCCCGAAGGAGGAGCGCCGUGAGCACCAUCAGGGAGCACCUGGGGCGCCCCUGGAGGCAGCAGGAGGGCGAGGCUGAAGAAGUGGGAGAGGUGGAAGAGGAGGCCGGCCAGUGAGCCGGCCUGGGGCUGGCAGAGAGGGAAGCGCCCCACCCGAGGCCUCGAGGCUGUCGCUAGGUGGCUUUUGGUUUCUCCUCUGUGUUUCCAUCCCUGUGGCUUGGGAUUCCCCUGGAGUCCUCCUCCUAUCUCCUCUCUGCAGGCUGCAACCCUCCCUUGGUCCACGGGAGCCUCGACCCCUGUGCUCCCCUCCGUACCUGCCGCCACCUUCCCAGGGGGGCCUCAGACCUCUGUGCGCCCCACCGUACCUGCCACCGCCUUCCCCAGGGCCUCUGCAUUUGCUGUUUGCUCGGGACUCAUCCCCUCACGCCCUAAACUUUUUUUUGAGACAAGGUCUUGCUCUCCCAGGCUGUACUGCAG